CCGAGCUUCAGAGCUCCUGCGGAGCCCGCAGGAAGAGCCGGUCGCGUCCCCUGCGGAGCUGGGACCUGCGCGCGCCCCGCACAGCUAUGAGGCAGCUCCCACGGCUUGUGCUGUGGGUCACCACGGCGGUUGUUGUCUCCUGUUCUGAAUCGCAUGAAGAAAACUCUUCACCAAAUCCACCUCAGAAGCUCUCACUGAUAAAAAAUAGGAUGAUGUCAUUGCAUGAGCCUUCUAAACCAGAAACCUCUUGUAUCAUGGGCUCAAGCUGUUCAUGGAUGACGUCUACAGACAAUUUUGGAAAACCAGACUGGGUGUUAUCUUCAAUUGGUGUCCUGGUGUCUCAGGAAAGGCAGCAGAUGCUUCUGGAAAACAGUUCCUCCCGAGGGGAUGUUGAAGGGGAUAUUUUCCUCCUGAACACCAGUAGACUCCCAGAUAGAUGCGAGUUCAGCCUGCACAGCCCCAUCCUGCCUGGGAGCUUGGACUCUUGUUUGCUGGAACUGGCCAUAUAUUCACAGGAUGCUAUUCCUCUCCUCCAGAGGUUCACAGUUGAAAUCAGAUAUGUGGAGACAAACAGAAAUGUAGUAAUUUCUCUGAGAGUUGGCCAUGAGGAAGAUGCUAGGAUGAAAUGGAAAUCCCUGAUGGCCCAAAUUGGCCGAAUAGAAAGACCUUUUAAAAUCACUUUGCUGUAUUCAAACUGUGAAGCACACAAGGCUGGACUACUGGCAGUGGGUUCCUUGCAGCUCAGAAACUGCUUUCAUGAUAAAGAAAACCAAGACCUUUAUAUAUAUGACAAAGGCUCUACCUUCCCCUGCCUUCAUGGAGGCUGUGUCAGCCAUCUACAAAUCUGUGAAUUCAUCAGUGAUUGCCCUGCGAAAGAACAGGAAGGAGUGAGGUGUGACAGUCUCCCAGAAGGCUCACAUUGCUCUUUCGAAGAGGGUCCAUGUGGCUGGAUACUGAAUGAAACUGCAGCAUCUCCUUGGUCUGUUCGGAGCUUUACUGAAAUGAAUCAAGGUGACUCCUUUGUAGGGUCUGCCUUGCGAGCCACUAGUGGACAUUUCCUCUACCUGCGGGCAGACAGCAAUGAGACAUGUGGUAUGGCCAAGGCUUACAGUAUCAGCUUGCCAGCUAGUAUUGCCACUGAAGACUACCAGAUCCAAUUCUCAAUGCAUGUUUUUGGCAGCUACAAUGGUACCGUCUCCUUCUCUGUUAGGGAAGAGAUAAAAGGAGAUCAAAUCACCAUGCCAUUGUGGGAAAGGGCAGGGAGCUGGAGUGACCAUUGGUUUCUUAUCACCUUACCAAUGCCAGUGCUUCAGAAUCGGUUUCAGCUGCAACUCCUGGCAACCUGGGGCUGGAAUUCCCAAGCAGACAUUGCUGUUGACAAUAUUACAUUUGGACGGGACUGCUUCACUGACGGAAGACAACCUAAUUAUUUUGGUGGGAAGCGCCAGUAUCCUCAGGAGAUAAGUAUCCUGGAUGAACAUCUUCUGAACCCCCUGGAAGAGCCUUCCCUCCCAGGGGACACAUCUGUUGUUCUCUGGUGGUUCACAACAUGUGGUGCCAGUGGUCCACAUGGGCCAACUCAAGCUCAAUGUGACAGUGCCUAUAAGAACACCAAUGUGUCAGUGACUGUGGAGAGGGAAGGCAGGCUCCGGGGAGUGCAAGUCUGGAGAGUACCAGCUACAAAUCAGUACAGGAUUUCUGCCUAUGGGGCAGCUGGAGGGAAGGGAGCCAAAAACCACAAUAAGAGGUCACAUGGAGUCUUCAUCUCGGCCACCUUCCAGCUGGAGAAGGAUGAGCUGCUGUACAUCUUAGUAGGGCAGCAGGGGGAGGAUGCCUGCCCUGGGGGCAAUCCUGAAACCCAGAAGGUCUGCUUAGGGGAGUCAUCUCUCAUUGAAGAAGACUACAAAAAAAAAAAGGACCUAAAGGACUGUGCUGGAGGAGGUGGCGGUGGAGGAGGUGCAACGUACAUCUUUAGACAGAAGGAUGGGAUUUUCGAACCUUUGCUCAUCGCAGCAGGAGGAGGAGGAAAAGCCUACCUAAAGGCUCAGGACAGCUCCCUGGAUGAUGUACCCUUGGAGCAGUUUGAGAACAGCACUGCAGUACCUGGAGUCAGUGGAAGGACUGGGGCAGCAGGUGGAGGUGGUGGCUGGCAAGAUAAGAGUGUGCUUCCUCAGGCUGGGAAGUCCCUUAUGGAAGGUGGGGAAGGCGGUCAAGCUUGUCCCCAGGCACUAGUCAAGUUACAGUGGUCCACCUCCGGUGGCUUCGGUGGGGGAGGAGGAGCUUGUACUUCUGGUGGAGGAGGUGGAGGCUACAGAGGGGGGCAUGCCUCUGAUAAUGAUGAUAUCACAGCUGAUGGGCAAGAUGGCAUCUCCUUUGUGAACCCCAUUGGAGAGAUCUUCUUGCAUCCCCUGGCAGCGAUGGAGAGUCAUGGUGAGGUGGAGAUUCAGAUCUAUCUUAACUGCAGCCACUGCCACUCGGACAACUGUAAGAGGGACCCUGAUACCAACUUACCAGUCUGCCAGUGUGAGAUGGGGGCUGUGCUAGCCAAUGACAAUGUCACCUGCACUGUGCUCCAGGGUCCUAUCCCAGAGGGACACCUGCCUCUUCCACUCCUCCUAGCUGUGGUGGCUGUGAUUGUGGUGCUUGGAAUGAUCCUUACUUGUGGCAGCCUAUCUAUCAUUUAUCACCUUAAGAAGCAGCAGCUGGAAGGAGCCAGAGCACGACUGCAGAGCCCAGAAUAUAAACUGAGCAAAAUCCGCACAUCAGCCAUCAUGACAGAUUACAACCCCAACUACUGCUUUGCAGGGAAGGCUGCUGCUCUGAGUGAGCUGAAGGAGAUCCCACGGAAGAACAUCUCUCUGCUUCGGGCCCUAGGACAUGGUGCAUUUGGUGAGGUUUAUGAAGGAACUGUGGUCGGCAUUGCAGGGGAUCCCAGCCCUUUUCAAGUGGCUAUCAAGACGCUGCCAGAAGUCUGCUCUGAGCAGGAUGAGAUGGAUUUUCUGAUGGAAGCUUUGAUUAUCAGCAAGUUCAAUCACCAAAACAUUGUGCAGUGCAUUGGUGUUAGCCUGCAGAGGCUGCCUCGCUUCAUUCUGCUUGAGCUCAUGGCUGGAGGAGAUAUGAAGAGCUUUCUUCGGCAGAAUCGACCCAGGGUGAAUCAACCAUCCAUGCUAACAAUGCAGGACCUGCUGAACAUAGCUAGGGAUAUUGCCUGCGGCUGUAAAUACCUUGAAGAGAAUCAUUUCAUCCACAGAGAUAUAGCUGCAAGGAAUUGCCUUUUGACUUGCACUGGAGCAGGACGAAUAGCCAAAAUUGGUGACUUUGGGAUGGCCAGGGAUAUUUACAGAGCAAGUUACUACCGCAAGGGAGGGAGAGCCAUGCUUCCUGUCAAGUGGAUGCCACCAGAAGCUUUUCUAGAGGGCAUUUUCACCUCCAAGACUGAUACCUGGUCCUUUGGUGUGCUGCUUUGGGAGAUUUUCUCUCUAGGUUACAUGCCCUACCCUUGCAAAACUAAUCAGGAAGUGCUGGAAUUUGUCACCAGUGGAGGAAGAAUGGAUCCACCAAAAAAUUGUCCAGGGCCAGUGUACCGGAUCAUGACACAGUGCUGGCAGCACAGCCCAGAGUAUCGGCCAAACUUCUCCACCAUCCUGGAAAGAAUAAAGUAUUGCACUCAGGACCCUGAUGUGAUCAACACUGAGCUGCCCGUGGAGUGUGGCCCCACACCAGAGGAUGAAGGAAGUACAGUCAUGCGCCCAAAUAUUUCCAGUGGGAUAAUGCCCCUGUUGGUAAGCCCUUCUCUCGCACCUCAGAUGGUGCCUAAAACAAUGGACUCCCACCAUGCUGGGCACAAACUUGCACAAUGUCCACAAGAGUUGCUGGUGGAGAACCUGAGUAACCGGACUGCUCAAGGGCCCAGCCUGCCAUGCCUCAGCGAUUUCAACAGUGGGUCCUGGUUCCAGCAGACUUCAAACCAGAAGCUGGAGCUCAGCAACCCGCUAACCCACAGACUUAAAAACAAAACAAAAAAUCUCUGGAACCCAACCUAUGGAUCGUGGGUGCUAGAGAACAUCUGUCACUUCAGCCCCAGUUCCAAGCUUAAAGCAACUCCAGAGCGGGAAGAUUCAGGCUUUGAUGGGAAUUACAGUUCUUCUCCAAGCUCUCGGGCAUCUCCAGCAUCUCCAAGUAGAAAUAACUGCCCUCACCUGGAUAUUGGUGGUAUUGAACUGGUGAAACUCCAGUCUUUCCCUUGCGGAAAUGUAAAUUAUGCUUAUGAUGACCUGUGUUAUAGCACUGACCACCAGCCAUCAGCUUUGGGAGAGGUCAGAGCAGCUGUGCUAAGGAGCUCCAGCCUGCAUAGAGAAGAAGAGCCUUUUCAUAAAACAGAGAAAACAUUAAGAGAGAGAGACUCUGGUCUGUCUUUGUCAGAUGACCUGAGUGUUACUCCAGUAUAACAGAAAUGGUUCUUUCAAAGAUCAGGGAAUGUGUGUGUCUGGAAGGACUGCUUCCUAUUUCACUUACUUUCUCCAUUGAAGUUCCUUCAGAUAGGUGAUUGGGUGAUGUUUGAACAUCAGUAACGUUCUGCUUCCUUCUUCUAGCUGCCAGAUCCCCAGAUCAUUAAAAACAGUUGCAUUUCUAUCUCUGUCCAUCAAAUGUGUUCCACCGAACCAGCUUAGCAGUAGAGAACAUUGGCAUAGCUGUCCUGAUUCAGCAUACAAUACUUAAUGAAAGGACUCCUUCUUAAUCUGCUCAGGUGAAAAGAAAUGGACCUACCAUCCAGCUGCAGCAUUUGGAUGGAUUUCCAAAAUAACCAACAAUGUUUGCGUUUCUUUCUGACCUACGAAACCAAAGACACAUGCUGUGCCAGCAGCAACCAAUUUGUAAAGGCUGCUGUAUUCCUGAGAGCUUUUUACAUUCCUGAUGACUUGCUAAUAAUGCUCAAGCACUGUAAGGGAAGUAAAUAAAUAGCAGCCACUUUUGAACCUGUUCUAUUAGUAGACCCUGUGGAUAAACAUGAAAAUGAAGCUACUGUUCAAAUUGGAAGCAGUAGAAAGGAUUAAAAAAACCACAACAAAUCAAAACAAAAAAACCCUCAGCCUCCCAUGCUCCUCUGAGCAUGUGCUUUGAAAAGAAGCAAGGAAGGAGAAAACAAAAUUUACUGUUGAGAAAAAAUAGUUGUUGGAGCUGAUAGUAUCCCUUUGAAUAGGAGGGAAAGAUACUUUUGCCUCACAUUGUUGUUUUCUUCAUAGCUCCUGGCAAGGAAGGGUCAUGUGUUUUUUUUCCAAGAAAGGGCGAGCUGCAUGGGGUGGUGCGAAAAUGGACCGUCUUUAUCUUUUAAUGGACUUUACUUGGGAUGAACUUCAUUUUUGUAAGUACUUUGACAUUCAAUUAUAAUUUCCUGUGUGAUGCUGGUAAGCAUUAAGCUGAGGUUCUCGAGUAACUAUCUAGCAUUUGUACCAAGUACACUGGAGCUGUACUUGGUUUUAUUACCUGCUCUUCUGAGGUAGACAAAGUAAUGCAAGGAAGGGGAAGAGUGAAGAGGAACCUAAUACAAACAGUAUCUUACAGUGCCCUUUACAAAGGAAGGUAGAAUAGCUUAACCAUUUGAGAAAGCUAAAAUCAUGACCUGACUUCACACAUUUAAUCCAGUUGUCAUUUCUUCCCUUCCACGCAGAGAGACUUACUGAUAAGGGUGGUGUUUGUCUUGAAGACAGCUCAUUUCUAAGGCUUUUUUUCUGUUGCUUAGGGUCUAAACUGGUGUUUACUGGAUAAAGCUUGCAAAAUAAGGAGACUGAAAAGUAAAUAAUUUGGACUAAGCUUGAACAGUCUUGGAAGCACUUUGGUUUUGUCCCACUCCUGAAUGUUGCACUGCCAACCUGUGGUGGAUAGUUACAUGCUGCCUUCAUGUUGCAUGGUGAGAUGUCAGCCAUAGACUCUGCCUGGUUCCUUUCUGAGGGAAGUUGUGCUCUGGUACAAGCUUAAUGCCUAGCAACCAGCUGCAUGUACAGUCUGACGAUGUGUGUUGGCGGGAAAGGGUUUGCUUUGGCCACACAGACUUCUUGUCCUGUGUCAUGCUGGGAUGGACACUACUGAGAGGUGGUACAGAAACGCAGAGUGAAGAGUCUGAAUCCAUCUUGAGUGAAAUGCAUCUUCAACCCAGGUUUAUGCUUUGUUGGUCUGACUUUGUAUCUGUUCCAAGCUUCCUAGAGUUUUAGGCCUUUGGCUUUAGAACAGAUAUUUUUAUAUAUAAUCAUUUCCAGACUUGAGUGGUUGACGAUGCCUACCUUUCAGCAAUAACACGUAUGUUAGGGAAAUAAUCCCAAAUCUGUGUUGGGAAAUAACAGGUCAGAACAGAGGGGUUCCUCUGUGCAUGGGAGAAUUCCAGGAGUAGUGUGCGGACUGAUGGGGUGAGUGACAAGUGAGGCUGUUGCCUGUGCUUCAUGUCCUUCUUUCCAUAUCACCUUUACUUUCACUCUCUGACUUCUCUCAAGUUUAGCUCAUUGUCUUGUCCUAUCUUAUGUCCAGGAGCUGCCACAGCUCAGUUAAACAAGGCUGGAAAGCACAGUUAGAACCUCAUUUUCUCAUUCUUUCCUCUUGCAGAGGCUAACAUUUUUCGGUCAUGUUUCAGGCUGGCCACCUCUGGAACAUGCUACUGAAGAAUGAACACAUCUACUCUUAAACUGAUCCUUACCUUUCAGAUUAUGUUAGUUCUGUGGUUUAUGCAUUAGUAGUGUUUCCUCAAAAGUGAGCUGUCAAGUUCUCCAAUAGCUAUGACUGGGCAUCAGCAAAUCAGCCCCUUCCUCCCUCCAUAUGCGGUAAGGCUGCAGCCGGGUAGUGAUCCUAAUUCAGCUCCAGUGGACACGACUCCAGAUUGCUUUCCAACCAUUAUUGGUAACAGGCUCUAUCCUGAGCAAAGCAGUGGUGGUCAUGACCAUGCUUUUGUAGGUCUCUGCUCUCAGUUCUCUUUAGCCAUCUGCAGAGGUGAGAAAUUGGUGGUAGUGAGUGAAAUACUGGCUCUUUCAGAAGCCAUGGGAAAUUAAGUAUAUGGCUUUUUCUUCCUGCAGACUUUCCGUAAAGUAGCAGGCUCAAGGCCGUUCUUCAUUUUUUCACAUGGAAAUGACUAUACAAUACUCUAAUAUUCCAGUGAGAAGGAAUCCAGGGUAGGAUCCCUGCUGUCCAUAUAGUUACUCUACUUGAACUACCACUUUUUUUCACCAUCCACAGCAAUUGCCUCAACUUAAUUCAUGAAUGCAGAAAGGCCAGCAGUGAUAAAACUACAUCAGCCAUUCAAAAGUGAAAUGAGAGAAGAGCACAGUUCAUUCCAUCACAAUGCCACAGGCAGCCUUGGCUGCACCUAUGCCUUCAUUAUAUAACUAAAAUGGAAGUUCUAGAACUUUGGACAAAUACCUGUUUUCUGCUGAAUAGCUGUAUCAAGGUGCUUAUUUACAGGAAGAGCACAGACGAGACUGCAUGCAGCCAGAAUAAAGCUCCAUCCUUCCCAAUACCUUAUCUCUAAGAGUGACCAGCAGUGGGGUGUGGAAAGGGCAACUGUAAGAGUAGAGUGAACACAUUGCUGGUUUACAACAGCAUGUAGCUCAGGGAUGUACUGAGACAGAUGCAGUGUCUUUCUUACAAAACAGAAUUGGAGCUGCACAUACCAAAUGGGCACUCAAAGAGAAAGCCAGGAAUUUUAAAAGAAUCUGCAUUAGCAACCUAACUUUUAUAUAAACUCUCAACUCAUUCAAAUGGAACAGUCCACUAAAUGUAAACAGUUUUUGUCAGCACAGUUGCCAUGAAUCUUUUUGACUACCAAGCUUUUCUGGGCAUAUCCGAUCUCUUAGCUGCUUUUUAAAAACCCCUUACAGAUAAGAUACUUUCAAUUAAUAUCCCAGAGGAAAUAAUGCUAAUAUUGCUGAGAUGCUACAUGCUGUCCAAACCAUAUUAUCUCAAAGAAAAAUAACAGCUGUGAUGAUAUACAGUAGAACUUUCAGUCCUAAAAUUCUGAGGCUGAAACUUUCCAUUUAUACAGUCAGAGAUUUCAUAGCGCUCAAUUGCUACCAUUUCAAAAUGUAACUUGCUGGAAACUUUAAGGAGACACUUUUAGUGCAUAAUCAAUAAGUUGAACACGUAGAGUGAAAAUUAGAUUACUUGAGCAACUGAAAGCCAAAAGCCAAUUUUGUUUCCUAAGGGAAUGACACAAGCUGGAGAUCUGGAAUUAAUUCAGUCCUGUAGUCCAUGGGAAAAGUCUUCCAACAUUUCCCCACUGAAUUUGUAGGAUUAUUAUAAAUUGUUCUUUGUGAUGGGUGUCUGUCUUUUAACAUGUUACCAAUUUGUUUUUAGAUUUACGUGAAUAGAGUUGUUUUUUUCUUCUGUGCUUAGUAUUAGUACUUUAUGUUGCUUCAUACAACCUUAUACCUACAUUUUAAAGAGGGGACUAAAUAACAAAAGAUGAAAUUAUAAUCCAAAGUUAAAUUUGUCCCUCUCUGCUUUCUUUCACAUUUGUUGAUAAUCUUGCUUCUUAUUUGUUAUCUAUUCUCUCUUCAACUUGCAUUUUGUGUCUUCAUCUUCCCUAUAAAGAAACAGAACUUUUAAGUGUACAGAUGUAAGGUGUCCCCCUUAUAUCAACCCUCUUCCUGAGGUAAGUUCUCCACUAAUCUGCCAGCUCGCAGGUGUGUACUAAGAGCAUGCAAGUCUAAUGAAAUAGUUAUGGGCUUUUGCAAAUGUAACUUAUUCCACUUCUAAUACUUACCUGAAAGGAAAGAAAAUGCUGCUGCUGGGAGUAUCAUUUUCCCCAAUGUGUUUGCAUCUCCACAGCUGUGUCAGCCAGGGACCACACUUCCUCAGACCCCCAAGCAGCAGAGCUCUGCCAGAGACUUUCUCCUGUAGGCGUGGCUUUGCUCACUUUCCUCCUGGAUGCCUACCCUUUUCAGUGUGAUGCAGAGAACUUAGGCGUGACAUCACUUACAUCUUCCUGUCUCAUCACAUGACUUUUUCAUUUAGUUGUAUUGGUUUUGAUUUGUCAUUACCUCUGACCAUGGCAGAACUUCUUGCCAACUUACCUUUCUGGGUGACUACCGUCCAUAAAUAGAUGACACGGCCUGCUUCUAUGCAAUUUAAAGCUGGACAAGUGUAUGUGUUUAUACUUGCAACACAAAAUAAAGAGACAGUAAUGAUGACCAUUUGUUUACCUUUCUGCUAAAUACUCUUUUCACACAAGGAAGAGGACACACUUUCUUGCUGAGAAGUGUUGCCAGUCCUGGAGGGUCGACUGCUUAUUCUCUGCUGCCACACAAAACUGCCCCAUUGAACAGUUAACUGCUCUGAGUCUGCCAAGUGCCUUUUGAUGCACAAUUUUUUUGAUACAUUGAGACUGAACUGACUGAGGUUUUUGAGACAGAGUUUAUCUUGAAGGAAUCCAUG